AUGGUCAAGGCUCUGGUGCAGGAUGCGGCGCCCAAGAGGAUGUGAGUACUUGGUCGGAGCUCGAGCGUUCGCCGGGGAUCGGGAGGGGGUCCGUAGUGGUGGUUAGUGGUGGGGUGGGAGGAUGGAAAGUCGUAGUGGAUGGGCUCUACGGGGCUGAUCCCUUGGUGGAGCAGGAGAGUCGGGAGGAGACAUCAGGGCUGCGGAGCACGCCGACAGCACUUGCCACAACAUGUGCUAGCCCCUGACCCAUUCCAUGAUAUACCGAUACAAUUGCUGAUCGUUGUCCCAUCCUUCGCAACCCUCGGCUCGCACCCACUCUGGCCCACCUCCGGUCGACGCGCGCUUCCACCUUCGCAGCAAGCACAUCCAGUUCUCGGUGCUGUCCUCGCAAGAGAUCGUCGCCAUCUCCGAGUUCGAAGCCAACCAACGCGAUCUCUACAAGGCCGAGGACCGCUCGCCCGUGCCCCAUGGUGUGCUCGACCGUCGCUUGGGCACGAGCAACAAGACCGAUCGCUGCGAAACCUGUGGACUUGCGCUCGCGGACUGCGUAGGCCAUCAUGCGUACAUCAAGUUGGUCCUGCCCGUGUUCCAUAUUGGGUAUUUCCGUCAUUGCUUGAACAUUCUUCAGUCGAUCUGCAAGGUGCGUUCCAGAGCACACCCGAGCAGCGAGCAGCCAGCUCCGCGCGCCAAAGUUGACAGGGGCUCCACACCCAUUCGAUCCUGUUGUACAGAACUGCUCUCGGGUGCUCUUGGAUGCGACCGAAUACCGUCGCUUCCUCGCUCUCUUCCGUCGGCCCAACCUCGACACCCUCACCCUCUCGGCCCUCUCGCGCCAACUACAGACCCAGUGUCGCAAGUGCGCCAUCUGCCCUUACUGCGGCUCCAUCAACGGCGUCGUCAAAAAGAUCGGACCCAUGCGCAUCGGACACGAAAAGUUCCGAGGUCGCAACAAGACGCGCGAGGUCGGCCAUGACGGAUCGCAAGAGACCGCGGGAACGUAUGCGACCUGGCGAGCCAUGUUCAACGAAUCGAUCCACGAAACGAAGGACUUGGCCCCGCACAUCGACAAGGCCGUCGAGGACCUCAACCCUUUGAAGGUGCUCAACUUGUUCCAAAGGAUCUUGCCGGAUGAUUGCGAGUUGUUGGGUUUGGACCCGAGCGUCGCCCGGCCGGAGGAGUUCUUGUGGCAGUACAUCUCGGUGCCGCCGGUGUGCAUUCGGCCUUCGGUUGCGCAGGAAGCGGCGACGAACGAGGACGACAUUACGGUCAAGUUGACCGAGAUUAUCUUCAUCAAUGCCGUCAUCAAGACGGGUCUAGUCAAAGGUGUGACGACGCAGAACUUGAUGGUGAGUGCCAAGCUUAAGAGUUAGAGCCAGCCUACAGCGUGAAUGUCGAGCUGAUAUAACCGCUUGUGCUUCCAGGAACAAUGGGAGUUUCUUCAACUCGCCGUCGCAACCUACAUCAACUCCGAGCUCCCCGGUAUCCCGACGACGAUCGGCCAGAAACCGAUACGAGGCUUCUGCCAACGUCUCAAGGGUAAACAAGGUCGAUUCCGUGGCAACUUGUCGGGGAAACGGGUCGAUUUCUCGGCGCGAACGGUCAUCUCCCCCGAUCCCAACUUGCAGAUCGACCAAGUCGCCGUCCCCGAACGCAUCGCCAUGGUCUUGACCUUCCCCGAUCGAGUCACACCCCACAACAUUGAGCGACUACGACAGGCCAUCAGGAAUGGGCAUGACGUGCAUCCCGGAGCGAACUUUGUUUUGGCUGGUGGCUCGGAGAUGUUCAAAAAGUUCCUCAAGUUUGGUGAUCGCGAUAUGAUGGCCGAUCGAUUGAGGAUCGGGGAUAUCGUCGAGAGGCAUCUCCGGGAUGACGAGUAA